UGCACGCUGACUUCAGAAGUGCUCCGCACGGCGAACGGCAUGAAAAAGGCACCGCUGGCGAUGCAGGCGCAGGCAACCUCUUUCUUCCUGUUUUGCCUUUUCAGAUUCGGCGUGGCGACCGACCCUGUAUCGGUGACAUGUCAACAAGUCCGAGCUUCUGUGCCUCCAAGUGAGUGGUACCAUCGCCAUAACAACACCCCUUCGGAUGUUUAUGAUCUCAAGGCUCAGCUAUACAUAUCUGAAGAAACCCAACUUCCAGCACUUAAUAUCACCUGGAUUCUUAGUGCAGAUGGAAGCAUUCAAGCACUUAAAGCAACAAGGAUAUGUGUUGCAAGUACAAAAACGACGUGUUUCCGGUGUAAUUACAAUGCAACUUUCAAAAGUUCCUGGAAUCCCCAAAAGCAACGGUGGCAUUUUCAUUAUAUGGACUAUCCCGUUAAUCCAGCAACAUCCUACACGGUGAGAGCUUCCAAUAUCCCAACAUCAAACAUUAAUGAAUACGCACCUGAGAAAUCUGCAAGAGUUCAAACGCCAGGUUGUGAUCAUGUGACAAUGAUGAGUCAUAUAAAAUGCAAAGCUGCCCACUGGAAGCCCAACAUAACUGCAUGUCUGGUCAAUAAUGGUGUGGUGAUCAAUUUUACCACCAGUGCCAAUGCACAUGAAUAUGAUGUUAAGCUGUCCAUGUGCAAUAAAUCUUCACCAAGCCUUAAUCGAACCAGUAUCCCUCAGAAAAAUGGCUCAAGAAUUUCUAUUACAUUUGUGAGGAAUGAUGUAUUGGAUCUUGCGGAAAAUAUCUGUGUAAAAAUAAAACCAUACUUCAAAGAAUGUUACCAUUCUUGUAAGAAACAUGAAAUGGUGCUUCAACACUGCAAAACAAAUGAAAACAUAAUAGCAAGCCCACGUAAUGAAGCAGUAAGUCUUGAAGAGAAAUCUAACAACGCCAAAAGAUAUUUGAUUUACAUCACUGGAAUAUGUGUGGUCCUCAUUAUGUUGGGAGUUGGAGUGUUUCUAAUUAAAAAGCUUGGCAAAACCAAUGAGAAAUUCUUGUUCACCAGCGUUACAGAGCCAUUACAACCAGUUAAAGUCCUAAUCAUUUAUGCAGCGGAUAAUGAAAAGUUUCAAAAUGUUAUCUUGGCUUUUGCUGAUUUCCUGCACAGUUUCAAUGGAAUCAAGGUAAUCAUCGAUAUUUGGCAAAGAAGGUGCAUUGCUGAAAUGGGCCCAGCUCAGUGGCUUGCUGCUCAGAAGGAAAAAGCUGAUAAAAUCAUUAUUGUCAUCUCAAAAAGUGCUAAAAUGAAAUGGGAUGCCAUUUGUUGCGAAACAACCACAGAUCAAAGAUUGAGCUAUUCAGAGGACAUGUAUUCUAUUGCCUUAAAUAUAUUUUGUAGUGAUCUGCAAAGUAACUCUAAUCUACGUAAGUACUGCAUUGUCUAUUUUGAUGCAACAUGCUGUGCCAAAGAUAUACCUGGUAUAUACAGUCCAUGUGAGAAAUACUGCCUUGGAAAGGACAUAAAUAAGCUUUUCAAAAAUCUGCACAAUUCUUCACAUAAAGUACGAAGUAAAUCUUCUUCUCUGUGGCCUUAUUUCAAUUACAACAUUUUAUUUAAUCACAAGAUGAAAGAUGUGAUUUUGAAAUUAAUAGAAUGGCAGAAAGUCCAACCUACUUCAAAUCUAUUUGAGAAUCCCGUGGAGGGUUUGGAAUUGCAAUGUGCAGAAGAUCUUCAGAUUGAUAUUGAAAACACCUGCCCUUAGUUAUAAAGUGGAUUAUAUACAUAACAAAAAAUCCUGGCUCUUUGCUUAAGUCACACUGUACCUCAGUAUUUACUCUAUUAAAACAUCCGCCAAAUCUCUUCAAUUCUGUUCUAAAGAAGACAAAAGUGAAAGCUCAAUCCCAGAACCAUUUCAGUAAAUAUCCUUUUGAUAAAACUCCAAGGUUGUGGCAUCCAUUUUGUGCCCAGAAAUGAAUGCACCAAGCAAGACCAAACUAUUCUUUUUUGAAGAUUUACUAUAACUAUUGUAUUAUAUCUUUAUACUGUUUCACUUGUUAAUAAAGUCAAGGUUCCUCAGUUCGCUUUUCUUUAUAAAAUGGGGUUCUCAACUUGAAGUGCUGAAUUUAAAAGUUGUAGUUGUACACUGCUUUAAGCUAAUUUUUCAGUUGUAUAAUUUAGUUUAUAUAAAUAAUAUAUAAUACAGAUGUUUAUAUGUUGUAACCCCAUUUCUACUGUGAGUUUUGAGUUUUCUUUAAAUGUUAACUUUCUCUUAAAUUUUGAAGUAGAUCAUGAAUUUUUGAAAAUUUUGCCAGGCGUUUUCUGUGUAUUAGAGUGCCAAUUUGGUGUAAAUCUAACUAACUUCAGUAAAGUAACACCAUGGUUUUAAA